AUGCUCCUUGCCCCGGGCCACGCUCAACACCCGGCUAUGCCAGCAGCUGCUGCCGCAGGUGCUGCCACUGCCGCUGGUAGCGCUGGUGCUGGUGAUGGUGCUGGUAGGGUUGGGUUUCCCGCGUAUCAGCCCCAUCAGGUGCCUGGGCAGCAACCAGACUUUGGCGGGUCUCUCCCAACCUCCACCCACUCUCCUGCUCUUCCCACAAGAACGGUUCGCAUCACGGCCCGAGCGUCUCCGCAAGGGCCAGGGGAAGGAGGUCGGGAGCAAGGUGGGCAGAGGACGGUUGUUCCUGUGACCCUGUUUCCGGGGCAGCCGGGGUAUGCGGAUGUGCGGGCUGUUCAGGGCCAUGGGGGGGGAAGAGUUGAGGCUGCUGAGUAUGGUCGCGUUGUGCAUGUGGAUAUGACUGAUCGCGUGAUGCACGGGGUGUAUGUUGCGCGCGGGAAGGGCGGCUGCGCAUUGGUGAAGGACGCGUGGCAAGGCCGCUUCCCCUGGCAGGUGGGUGCUUGUGAGGGGCGUGGGUGCGUGUGUGAGAUGGGGAAAAUAGGGGGCCAGCGUGUGGUGCGUUUUGAGGUGGAGGAGGAGUUUCCCGCACUCAAGGAGGCAGAGUUCAAGGCUGCUAUAAGGGACAAUGUUUACAAACACCACAAAUACUCAUUCACUCUCACAGACCAACAGGUAUCAACCCUCAUUGCUCUCUUCCGGCGGAACUCAAAACAGCAGCAGGUAAGUGUGUUCAACCGUAUUGUCUUCCCCGGGGAGAAUGUCAAAAAGGCUACUAAGAUGGAAGAAGGGAAGGUGGAGGCUGUAACAAGUCCACGGCGCAAGUCUGGGAAGAAAGAGGGUGGGUCGGUGAAGGAAGGAGGGGCGGCGGGUAAAGCAGAGGAAAGUAAGGGGUUGGCAGGGGAAGCCAAGAGGAACGCUGCAGAGGGUGGGGAGAAAGAGGUGGAGGGAAAGGAUGGGGAGAGGGAUGAUGAUGGGGUGAACAAAGGUGAGGAUGGGUACGAGGGAGCGAAGAGCAAGAGAGAGGAGGGCGAGGGAGACGAGAAUGUGCAGGAUGCUGGUGGUGUUUCUGGUGAGGUGGGUGUUGGAGAUGGGGAAAAGGUGUCGAUGGAAGGGAUGGCAGGGGCAGAGGGUACCAGUAGAAUGUAG